AUGCCGUCUUUCAAUUCUGCUUUAAUCGCGGCCCUCGGCCUGCCUUUGAUCAAGCUGGCCCAUGGCCAGAUCUUCACAGUCAACUGUCAGCCGCUGACCAUCCAGCGCGGCGACCCCAUCAUCAGCCCGGGCGGCAUUUCCGCACACGUCCAUGCCGUCAUUGGUGGAACUGCCUUCCAACAGACCAUGGGCUUGAAUACGGCACUGAAUGCUAAGGACACUACGUGCGACAAGAAGAUUGAUAAGAGCAACUACUGGCAGCCACAGCUGUACCACCAGAACUCUGAUGGCAGCUUUGACUUAAUCCACUUCCAAGGAAGCGCCGUGUACUAUCUAAACCGAGCGUGUGACUACGCGGAGGGAAGAACCCAGUGUCCGCCCGGCUUCUCCCCUGCAGCUCCUCCGGCUGGGCUGCGCAUGGUCACUGGAAACCCAAUGCGUCGGACUAUCGACGAAUCACUUUUCGAACACCAAGCCAUGCAGCACGUAUGCCUGAAUGCAGCCAGCAGCGACAACACCUACGGCCUCCCCAAACAAUCCUGCGAUCGUAUGAGAGCAGAGACAUUCUUCCAGUCCUGCUGGGAUGGGAAGAACCUUGACAGUGACAACCAUUCUUCUCACAUGGCCUACCCUGCAAUUGGCACCUAUGAUGGUGGAGUAUGCCCAAAGUCCCACCCAAAGGCCAUCUUCAGUCUCUUCUACGAGUUCUUCUAUGACACCGCGCCCUACAAGGAUUUCAACAAGUGGGUGUACGCGAUGGGUGACCCAACUGGCUACGGUCUGCACGGCGACUUCAUCAACGGCUGGGACCAGAACGCGCUGGAGACAGCCAUUCAGACUUGCUCUGGCCCACAAGGCGCCUAUUCCCCAGACUGCAGCAUUAAUAAGAAUGCUGGCUCCGCGGUUGGCUUGAACCCAGAGAUCGCCGCUCCUGCUGAAGAAGUAGGCCUCAACGGUCCUGUUGCUAAGUUGCCGGGCAACAACCCUGUCACCAUGUCGCCAAUCAUGAAGAGAUCGAGCGUCGCAGGGAGGGUCAAGCUCUGA